AUGAUAGAAGAAGGCUUCGAUUUACCUCCACCAAAUCCACAACCAGGAGGAAAACAAAAUAAGAAACCCCUUCCAAGACAUAUCAUCAGUAUUAGAACAUCUGGUAUUCCUAGAUAUCAAUUUUACUCGAUGAAGGUUUCUCUAUUAGGUUAUAAAACUAAGCAAAAGGAAGUACUUAAAGAUAUUGUCGAACCUGUACUAUUAUCAAAGAGCAAGGUAAAUUUGAGAGGAGACUCAAAGCGUGUUGACCUUCAUUUCGACAAUAUAAUUAUUGAUGAGGCUUCUCAUAUGAACGGCAGAAAGUUCUUCCUUAGAUUUACACUACUUUCUCCUGACAAGUUACCUGUAUCUUAUGUGGAUUCUUCAUAUUUUGAAACAAUCACUGAUCGAGGAAACCAAAAGCGUCAACAAAAGAUUGAUCAUAGCCGAAGCAAGAUUUCAAAAGUAUUGAAGGUCAGCCCAAGGUAUAGCAUUGUUCAAGGUGGGCAAUUGGUAAAGGUAUUAAUCAAUCAGCAAAUUGUAGCUCCUAACAAUGUCUAUGUGUACUUUGGAGAUAAGCGAGCUCGAUGUGUCUAUGUUUCUCCAAACAAGGAUAACACUAUUGUUUGUGAAACACCUGAUGGAAAUGCGGAUGAAGAAGUUGAGGUAAAAGUUUCUUUGGAUAAGGGAAAAACUUUUAUGGCUACUGACGCUACACUGAGAUAUGUGCCAUUUACUUCCUUAAACGUAAAUGGAGACACAAAUGGUCGAGUAUCGCCAGCUUCCAUGCCCUUUCUCGUUAACAGAGAGGAAAUACGACUAAAAUCUACCUAUCCUGCCCCAAGCAUUCAACACGAUGAAGAGCACGACGACAAUGACAACAGCCAAGAAUACGAGGAAAAUUAUGAAGAUGGCAACAGUCAAUCCCAACAUCAAAUUCCGACUCAAACCUUCGUUUACAAUCAAACACAACCCUUACAAAGCAACAUUAUCUCCACUUUGAAUCAGUCUCAAAAUCAUCAUGGAUUUUCUAACUUUAACGUACAACACAACAGCCCUCAAAUGAAUGUCUCGAAUCCCCCAAUUCAGCACCAAGCUCUCAACCAGCAAAGACAAUACAUGAUGCAACCUAGCAACAACAGCUCCACCAACCACCAACAACCUUAUAUUCUGCCAACUUCUGCAAACACAAUGCAACAAAAUCAGAUGAGAAUUUUCCAGAACUUUAACAAUUAG